UGGGUAUCGGUUGGAGAUGCUAUUAUACCGAAUCAAACAUGGUAUUGUAUUUAUUACCCAUAAGGAACAGUAAUUCGUUGCUUCUUCAGCUUCCUCGUAGUCAUAGAUAAGCCCUAGGGUGGAGGCAUUCGAAAAAUCCUUCACGAUCAUCUUCCGAAUCGGUGUUGGAGGUUAUAUGGUCAAGAAUCUCAAGAUCAUGUGCUCCUCCCUCAGCAUGUGUGCAAAAAAUGCAUUCCAGUACGAUGGCUAUUUGCAGAGACAAAUGGGCAAUGAUAUUGGUUAUUUGGCAUCUCAAGGAUCGUCAACUUCAGUUUGUUUCUCCAACUCCACUAGCUUCUCCAAACCAACAUACUUUAAUAAGUCAUUUACCAGGGCAAAAAAUUAUUCAACUAUUGUUAACACCCAAGCAUCGCGAGACAGCUUUUCGGGAUUAUGUAUCUCCAAGCAAAGAGGCAACAUACAUUCUCUGUCACUCAAAAGUGCAGUCAGCUCUGAAAACUCACAGAUAUGCCUGGAUAUUUCAUCUGGCUGCCACAAUAUGAAUGUUAAGUUUAUGGUGCAAAAACAAAGAAUGACCCAACAGCUUAGCUACAAAAUGGGAGGAUUCACUGGAUCUGGAGGAGGCUUGAUUGUUGGAUUGUUAAUCUGCUAUUCAACAUCUGAAAAUGUUCAUGCUGAAGCAGCUCAGCCAAAACAAAGCAGGGAAGAUUCUUCUGUUAUGUUUUCACAGAAGAAGAAAGUCUGGACUGAUUAUUCUGUAAUUGGAAUUCCUGGUGAUGGCAGGUGUUUAUUUCGCUCAGUUGCUCAUGGAGCUUGUUUGCGAUCAGGGAAGCCAGCUCCAAACGGGAGCUUGCAGAAAGAGUUAGCUGACAAAUUGCGUGUUCUGGUAGCUGAUGAAUUUGUCAAAAGGCGCAAGGAAACAGAAUGGUUUGUAGAAGGUGAAUUUGAUGCAUAUGUAUCAGAAAUCCGGAAGCCGCUUGUAUGGGGAGGGGAGCCUGAACUAUUUAUGGCUUCUCAUGUUCUCCAGAUGCCUAUCACUGUGUACAUGAUUGACGAGAACUCAGGUGGCUUGAUAUCCAUUGUAGAAUAUGGGCAAGAAGAGUAUGGCAAGGAGAACCCUAUUCAAGUGCUCUACCAUGGUUUUGGCCAUUACGAUGCAUUGUUAAUUCCUGGAAACAAGGGUCCUCCUAAAUCAAGACUUUAGCCUUACUCAUAAAGAAAUACAAUUAACAAGUGUGGCAAGCUUCCUAAAUCAAGACUUUAACCUUAUUCAUGAUGAAAUACAACUGACAAGCUUUGUCUCACGGAUCAAAAUGAUAGUAGUGGUAUUAUUUUCUUGAUUUUGCUUUCUAUAUUGAGUAAUGACAUUUCACAUUGGGAAAUUGUUUUUGGGGUGAAAUGGAGAUGCUGGUAAAGGAACGUGUUUAUAGAUA